AUAAUUCCCACGUCAACUUUCAGAUGCUAUUCCACGGAAAGUCUGCGGCCCAUCUCAUUCAAAAUCCAAUGCACAGGCCUUCUGAAACAAUGCUAAGAUUGUCUGGUUGUUAAAAAAUAUACGAGAACAAAAUAAAACAGAAGCUCAAUGGCAAAUCCCUGCAACUUAAUCCCUUCCUUUUUUCUUGCCAUUGAAGCUGCCUGCAUAUAUAUAUAAAUUCACACUAACAGUUCACAUGUGAAUACUUUCCUCGAGGUUUAAAAAAAUUAUAUUUGAUAUUCCAAUCGCCUGAUCGGCCAAUGAUACCCUUCGAUCUCACUUUAUGCCUGUUUAAUGCUGCGUACAUUUUGACUCCCACGUAGGACGGUUUGUGGACCGCAUACUAAUUAUAUUAAAAAGGAGCCGCAAAGGCACUAAAUCCACGCCAUCUUUCAUCUACUACAGAGCAAGAGCAAUGGAGAGCGAGCAGACGUCUGUUGCGGUCAUCAUGGUGGGAGGCCCAACUAAAGGGACUCGGUUUCGGCCGCUGUCGCUGAAUGUGGCCAAACCUCUGUUUCCUUUAGCCGGGCAGGCAAUGGUUCAGCAUCCCAUUCUCGCCUGCAAGAAGAUACCAAAUUUGGUUCACAUUUACCUUAUAGGGUUUUACGAGGAGCGCGAAUUUGCGCUUUACGUUUCCUCAAUAUCAAAUGAGCUCAAGAUUCCUGUAAGGUAUCUGAGAGAGGACAAACCACAUGGCUCAGCGGGUGGACUUUACCACUUUAGAGAGUUGAUAAUGGAGGAUGAUCCGACAAAUAUAUUUGUGCUCAACUGUGAUGUAUGCUGCAGUUUUCCUCUUGCAGAUAUGCUCGAGGCCCAUAAUAAGUACGGUGGAAUGGGUACAAUCUUAGUGAUUAAGGUUUCUGCAGAAUCGGCCAACCAAUUUGGUGAAUUGGUUGCAGAUUCUGUCACCAAGGAACUAUUACACUAUGCAGAAAAGCCGGAGACUUUUGUAAGUGACCGAAUAAACUGUGGUGUCUAUAUUUUCACCCCCGACAUCUUUUUAGCUAUACAAGAUGUUUCAACCCAGCGCAAGGACAGAGCAACUAUGCGGCGUGUAUCUAGUUUUGAGGCUCUUCAGUCAGCAACAAAGACACUUCCAACAGAUUUUGUUCGGUUAGACCAGGACAUUUUGUCCCCUCUUGCUGGGAAGAAGAAAUUGUACACAUUUGAGACAUCAGAAUUUUGGGAGCAGAUCAAGACUCCAGGGAUGUCUUUGCGAUGUUCUGAACUGUACCUUUCACAAUAUCAACGCACUAGUCCUGAGCUCUUAGCAAAGGGUGAUGGUGGUAGGACUGCUACCAUUGUUGGUAAUGUGUACAUUCAUCCUUCAGCAAAAGUACAUCCAACAGCUAAGAUAGGGCCAAAUGUUUCUGUUUCUGCCAAUGCUCGUAUUGGGGCAGGUGUUCGACUAAUUGGUUGCAUUGUCCUUGAUGAUGUUGAGAUAAAGGAAAAUUCCAUUGUGAUGCACUCUAUUGUCGGCUGGAAGUCUUCGAUUGGAAGGUGGUCAAGGGUCCAGGGUGAAGGGAACUAUUCAUCUAAACUUGGGAUUGCAAUUCUUGGUGAGGGUGUUACAGUUGAAGAUGAGGUAGUGGUGGUGAACUGUAUUGUACUUCCUCACAAGACACUUAAUGUCAGUGUGCAAGAGGAAAUAAUCUUGUAACUUAUGUAAUUCUGCUCUUUAUUUUAUUUCACAACAUGAUUAUUUCAUGUUUAUUAAUUAUUCAUUUGUGAAACAUGAAGUACUAUAUCUAUUGAACUAGAGUAAAAUUUAUCAGAAGAGGAAUUCUGGAGUAUACAAUAAAUUAUAAUAUUGAUGAAA